AAGACACGUACUCAAGUGGUCCGAUCUUUGUGUGCCUUCCACGAGACACACCUGCAGUCAAUGGUCGGGAGCAGAAACGGCUGCCAUCAUCCACCAGCUGUUGCAAGAUGAGAGGAGGAGAUCUUCCAGACGGCCAAGGAGCUGUGUGUGUCCUGAACAGCCUGCAGAAUAAUGCUGCAGUGUUGAAGCGACUGCAAGAACGUCAAGACAAUCCUGGCCUGCAGCUCCAGGCCAUGCAAGGAUUCCUCCAUCGGACCGGCAUCACUGUGGGUGAACUGGACAAACUCAACAUUGUCCAUGUUACUGGGACUAAAGGAAAGGGAUCAACAUGUGCUUUCACUGAGAGUAUACUGAGGAAUUAUGGCUUUCGGACUGGAUUUUACAGUUCUCCACACUUGGUUCAUGUCAGAGAGAGAAUUCGCAUCAAUGGAUGGCCAAUCAGCAAGAAGCUUUUCACCAAGUACUUUUGGGAGGUGUAUGAGCGGUUAGAGGACACAAAGGAUGUCCAUGGAGGCAGCAUGCCCUUCUAUUUCCAGCUCCUGACUCUGCUGGCCUUUCAUGUCUUCCUGCGAGAGCGGGUGGAUUUGGCAGUUAUUGAAGUAGGGAUUGGAGGGGAGUAUGACUGCACAAACAUAAUCAGGAAGCCAUGGGUGUGCGGGAUCACAUCACUCGGUUUUGAUCACUGCAGUCUGCUCGGAGACACCAUGGAGAAGAUAGCUUGGCAGAAAGCUGGGAUAUUCAAGCCAGGUAUCCCAGCGUUCACUGUCAGACAACAACCCGGCCCUCUGAGAGUCCUGCAGGACAGAGCUGAACAGAUCGGGUGUCCUCUGUGGGUCUGUCCUGAGCUGGAUCAGUAUGAGGCUGCAGUUGGUCCUGUGAGUCUGGGACUGGCAGGGAUACACCAGCAGUUAAACGCAUCACUCGCCCUGCAGCUCAGCUACAGCUGGCUGCAACGCCACAAGGCUGCAGAGAGAGGAGAUGUGACUUCUUACGGCCAGAGUUUAGCUGAAGCGGCCUGCAGACCAGACUCCCAGGCAGUCACUUUUCAGCCCAGCACAGCCAUGCUGCAAGGUCUCCAGGAGACAGAGUGGCUAGGACGAAACCAGUCACUGAGGCGUGGCUCUGUCACAUAUUACCUGGAUGGGGCACACACCACAGCCAGCAUGCAGGCCUGUGUCUCCUGGUUCAGACAGGAGACACUGCAGAGAGACCAGACUCAGGGCCCUGGGCUUAAAAUCCUGCUCUUUAACGCAACAGGAGAGAGGGACUCUGCUUCUCUACUCAGACUGCUGGUGCCCUGCCAGUUUGACUACGCACUGUUCUGCCCCAACAUCACUGAAAAACCUACCAACAAUACAGCUCAUCACAGUGUCUGUGGGAGUGUGGAGCACAUGUUGGCUCGCUGCAGAGCAAACCAGAGCUGCUGGCAGAGCCUGAAUGCAACAGAAACAAUACGUCGCCACCUGCUGACCAACUGCAGGAGUCACAGCCUGGUGUUCCUCUGCAUCCUGAGCGCCCUCCAGUGGAUCAGUCAGGGAACAGAGGCGUUGUCAGCCCCUGCUGGAUCAAAGAGCUCCUGCAGGAUCCAUCCUUCUCAGUCCGAUGACAGGCUGAGAGAGGCAGGUCACAUUUCUGUGCUGGUGACUGGCAGCCUGUACCUGGUGGGAGGAGUACUGAAACACCUGGAACCUUCACUCGACUCAUAGUAGACCAAUUGAAAUGAUUGAUUAUGGUUAUAUUCCUAUUUAAUCAGAGAACUUUAUAGUCACUGUGAGCCUAAUAGUGAGAAUAGUUUCCCUUGUUUGGUUUUGUAAAACUUUUAUACUCUAAAACAAUAUUCAUCUUGUGAAUUCAAGCAUGUUUAUGGUAACUACUGAUUAAACAUUUAACAUUUUAUGGUUAAUAUUUAAUUAUGUUUUUUUUUAUGUCAGUAGCAUCAAUACAAUAUUUCUGGGAACUUUAGAUGAUCUUAUCGUUUCUUCUCAGUAGUUGUUUUGUAGUGUCCUUAUUGUGUUACUGUUACUUUAUUAUAAUAUUUCAACAAUAUCUCUCUCUGCAGAUAUACUAUGUUAUGCGUAAUAGUCAAUAUAGUAACAGUAACACUUUAUCUUUUUACUGCCUUUGUAAUCGCUAUAUUGUGAUGUAAUAUUCCUAUAGAGGCUAUAGUGACUUUAUAGUGACGUCACUGACAUUUAUUUGAUUUUAUAUGGUAGAAGAUCAAGUAAAAUCUCCCAACAUUAUUGGAAGAUUUUAUCUGAUAUCAGAUGUAUGGGUAUUGGCUGUAUGGUGGCCAGUAAUAAUAAUAACAAGAAAUUCCAAAGAUGUGUUUGAAGUAUGUGUGUUUAUGGUUCUCAUAGUGAAUUUGCUAUGUAUAGUUUAUUAUCCAUGUCAACCGUAGUAUUACUAUUCCAUCAAUGAACCAUAACAAUUUUUGAAUAUUUUCAAUCUAAACCUUUACACAUGUGAUUUUAAAUAUUUGCAAUCUCUUUGCAAACAUUUCCAACAGAUUCUUCCCGUUCAGCUGAGCUGUGUAUCUUUAUGUGUGUUUUAUUUCCAUUUCAAAAAUAAUGGUCACUAUUAUAAAGUUGUGUCUGUUUGUUUAUGUGACUGUUUACACGCUGAACAAGUUAUGAUGAAAUUGGAUAAUAAUAAAAUGACAUUUACAGAACAAUUAAAUUCUUACUAGAAGGUAUGUUGAGCUCUUCAGUUGGGAGGAAACGAAAGGACUUGCUUUUUGACAGAUGCUUUUGAUGCUUAUUGAUUCUUACUUAAGAUUUCUCUCUGUGC